CACCGGUACGGCAGCCUGGAAGCGCGAGGCGUCGAAAAGCCGGAAGAGACAGGAAAAUGAAAUCUGCAGAAGUGUGUUAGUUUGACUUAAAAUUCAAUUAAUUUAACCCCCAACAUUAACUUCCUUUCGGAAUGAGGUGUCGCAGCACUAGCGUGCGUCAGAUCUCCAUUGCCUCUGAGCCUCAUCGCACGUUUUUUCUUAAGAUAGAGUGGGCUAAGGAUCUCGGAUCUGGCUUUGUUAUACUUCUGUCUGAUGGCGUCUCUGCGUGGAGUGGUGAAGUUUCAGAGGAGGAUGUGUCCCGUGAAGCCCAGGAGAUCGAGAUGGAGCUGGAGAGGUAUGUCGGUGACCUGCACCUGGCUCUGACCGGAGAGGGACCGGCAGCGGAGGGGGAAUACAGCUUCCACCUGACACCUGAGAGACCCGGUCGCCCCCUGCUGCAGCUGUCUUAUGAGAAGGUGCAGAACGACAUCUCGUUCAGGCUUGGUGUGGUGGAUCUGCAGGCGGUGCCUGAGCCCACUGAAGUCAUAAGGGAGCUCAUUAGUCAUGGUCGGGAGCAGAGCGCAUGUCUACAGGCCAAAAACCAGCACCUGCUUGAGGAGAACCAGAAGCUGAGGAGAGAGCAGGAACAUAUCACUAAAAAGAUGGAGAGGUACGUCCAGGGGAAGGAGACGUUGGAGAGAGACCUGUACGGCAGAUUUGUGCUGGUCCUAAACGAGAAGAAAGCCAAACUCAGAGCCCUGCAGAAAAGAGUCAAAGAGUUGGAAGAAUCUAUUGAAAAGAAUCGAUUGAGGAAAAAGGCAGACAGUGAAGAGCACAAGACAAUGGAGACAGCGGCAGAUAAGAGUCCUGAAGUAGAGAGUGAUUAUGGAGGCAGUACAGAAGAUGAACAGGAGGCUGAACCCAGACAGUCUGACCCAAAGCCUCUUACACAAGAGAUGCCAGAAAGCAACCCGAUGGACGACAGCUUAAAUGACAUCACAGAUGUGGCCCCCUGUCGAAAACGCCGCCACCGACAUCUCCAACAGCUGGAGACUCAAGCCAAACGAGCAGAGCUGGACCAGCGACAGAGAUCCAGCCAGUCAAGCAGACAGAAGCGGCUUUCCCAGAACCCUCUUCCGUUGUACAGAAACCAUUGGUCAUUUGCCAGCACCUUGUAUUUUUCCAGUGGAGGCCCCCCUGGGAGCUUCUCUCUCCAGCUCAUUUUUACUUAUUAAUAGGAGAAUGUGUAUAAUUUCAUCUCCUCCUUUGCCAGUACCACAGUUGCCUCUGUAAUUGUACAAUAAAAAUCCCAUGAAUGGUUUAGAUUUGCGUUGAGCAAGUUCUUCAGACUUGAUGGCACCUGAGGGACACCGAUCCUGAGAAAACCUGUUGCGUUUAUCUUAAAAUAGUCACACUGUUUUGGAGAUUAUUUGGCGUUAGUUAUUAUUUUUAAGUUAUUAUUUGUUAUUAUUCCUAGGUGAUUCUUUCAGGGUUUCCCACAGUUCGAUCUAUCUAU